AUGCCAACCUCCGAACCACCUCGCGAGUUCCUCGAGCCUGAGUCCCACAUCAAUCUUCAAUCUACAGAAUCGGACUUUCAUAUUCCUGAUGAAGCUGAGCGUUUGACUCGCCCAACAAAGCAGCAAACAAUCAGAAAGAUUGGACGGAUCUCAAGGAAGAUCGACACGAAUCCGGAGACAACUCAGUAUCUUUUGAUCAUUGACGUGAGCGAUGGCCUACGCGAUUACCUUCUGAAGAAUAGGAUCGGCGGAGUGCGACUCACUGUCGACGAUCACAACAUACUACUUAGGAUCAUGUCUAGCCUACAGCACGAAAGCGUUGUUAGCGAUUUUUGCCUUUUAUUCGCGGACGCAAUGACUUCCGCGGGUUUGCCGCGUAUUGGGGGUCGCUGGGGAGGGACUGGCGCUGCACAGAACAAGGGGGUCCACUGCGGAAAGGAACCAGAUUUUAGUAUGGUCCCAUCUCCGCAUCCUCUCUCCGCAACUGUCAGCACUUGGCCAUCCCUUGUCGUUGAAGUUGGGAUGUCUCAAUCGCACCGUUCUCUCCAAAUGGAUGCCGAAUGGUGGUUCGGAAACUCUAACAACAACACUCGAUUGGUUUUACUGUUCAAGGUCCACAAGAACCCUUUUUGGGUGGAUGUUGAACUGUGGUCAGCGCCUGACGCUACUCGACCAAGCCUACCUACAUGCCAGAACGCCACUCCCGACCCAGACCAUCCUGAACGGUUCAAGCCGCGUAAAGAAAUAACACCCCUGUCGGUUACGCAAGCACUCCGAGUCACAAGGGGUGCAGUCACACUGGUCAAGGGUCCGGGUCUGGAUAUUAGUCUAGACUACGAGCUGCUUAUGCGGGAAGACCGACCAACUGGACAAGCAGACAUCGUCAUUACGCAACGGAUGCUACAGGUGAUUUGCGAAGAAGUCCAGUAA